AUCUAGGGCAGCAGACGUACGAUGUAAGUACAAGACCAUAGAAAGGAAAGUCGAUCCGUCUCAAGGCGUACACAAGAAACUUCUCUGCAAGCCAAAGACUGUUGCAUCGGUGAGGUACGGAGAGUUACAGUGAGUCUAAAUAGCCGAGCAGCAGCCAGUCGUCCUCCAGGUACAAAUCGAGUGGCGUUCUCCCCCCACCGUGCCCCUACUUUUGGGGAGCUUUCGCAUCCCACCCUGGAGUCUCGGCUGGGUAAGGGGACGGCGUCCCCGUUAAAGAACUACGUUGACCACCAGCCGCUAGAACAUACUCUUUGGCAUUAAACAGUCGAACAUUAUCAUCGGGCAGAGUUGGCCGACUGUUGUGUGUACCGUGCAGGUUGCUCCUUGCACACUUCGGGAAGUCACUUGAUCGCGAUUUAUCGCAGUCGUAAGAGAAUCGUGAUAUUUAGUCAGUGUGUGGUGUCGUGGUGGUCCCGGCUUCAAUCGAAGUCUCUCGUCGUCAGCAUCAACUGCAACGCACGAUUUUAUCCUCAACGUGAUAUCGUUGUUGAGAAUAUCCUCGAAAGACAAGCAAAUGCAGGUAGAAUGAUUCGCAGAUCCUCGAUACCGCGGACGCGGUUAGCCGCGGUUCUGAUAGCAGCGGUGACGAUUUUCGGAGCCGAUCUAAGGUGUUCGGGAAUCCAGUAUCAGCCCAUCGACGCUUACUCAACAAUCGGUAAUGAAUGCGCCCUGGUUCUCGACGGUCCCGGAAGAUCUAGCGCCUUUGAUUACACCUACAACCUGCUGCGUGGUACAUUCCCACCUUCUGCCGGAAGUCAGACCUGCAUCACUUACGACGCCGUGAACCACGCCUACAUUGAAGCUCGCAAACGCAUCAACGUUGCUCAGCCCAACACCGAAACAUGGCGUGGAGAGGACUUGGCCACAGUCGGCGAACUCCUUUUGGACAUCUCUACGAACCUGGCGCAAAAGUACGGACUAACUUACGACGACAUCGAAAAGGGGCUUCCGCUCAUCGAUACGUCGAAAACAUUGAUUCGCGAAGUCUGCCCAGCAUUCCUGAGCAACGUCGAGUGCCGUCCAGGAAAAUAUCGGCGAUACGACGGACUUUGUACGAAUCUGGAAAACCCUACGUGGGGAGCAACUAUGACGCCGUUCUCAAGACUUCUGCCUCCGAGGUAUUCGGACGGCAUAAACUCGCCCAGAGUAUCUGUCACCGGAAAUCAGCUACCUUUGGCCCGUGUUGUUUCUCGCACCAUGCACCCUGACGAAGGUUAUCACGACCAUGCCGGUACUGUCAUGGUCAUCGCUUGGGGCCAGUUUAUGGAUCACGACUACACUUUGACCGCCACACCGUUAGACUUGUUGAACCGAAACGAUCCCGAGGAGUGCUGCCACAGGCCGCCACACCUGAAAAAUCCUUACUGCAACGAGAUCCUGAUACCGGAGGACGAUUACUUCUACAGACUGUUCGGGGUACGCUGCAUGGACUUUGUUCGAGGUUUCCCAGCUCCUCGACCCGGAUGUCGCCUCGGUUCUCGCGUCCAGUUCAACCUCCUCACCGGAGUCCUAGACGGCAACACGGUUUACGGAGUGUCGGACGCUUUUGCGAGAAAACUGCGGACCGGAUAUGGCGGACUGUUACGUAUGAACCCCGUAUUUUCUGAAUACGGACUUAAAGAUUUGCUGCCCCUGAAGCUCGACAUUCCUGAUGAAGGUUGCACCAGGCCUAACCGUUCCAUGUACUGCUUCGAGGCCGGUGAGAUUCGAGUCAACGAGCAGCUGGUGCUGACCUGUAUGCACACGCUGCUGGCCAGAGAGCAUAACCGGGCAGCCAACGCCCUGGCCCAGGUUAAUCCUCACUGGGACGACGAGACGAUAUUCCAGGAGGCAAGACGUAUCGUAAUUGCCGAGAUCCAGCACGUCACCUAUAACGAAUUUCUCCCAAUUUUGCUCGGAAAGGAGGUCAUGGAGAAGUUUGGCCUCCUGCUUGAGAAAGACGGAUACUGGGACGGCUACGACCCGAGCGUAAACCCGGGGGUCUUAGAUGCGUUUGCAGCCGCAGCGUACAGAUUUGGUCAUUCGUUGCUCCCAACGGCCGUCGAAAGGUGGAGCAAAGCUCACAAGUUCAUCGCGUCCAAACGGCUCUCCGAUCUUAUCCGAAGACCGUACGAUCUCUACCGCGCUGGGGUCUUGGACGAAUAUUUUAUGGGCCUGAUGAACCAGGUCGCUCAGGCUAUGGACGAUUCUAUCACCCAAGAGGUCACCAAUCAUCUGUUCAAAAAAGUUGGCGCGAAAUUCGGUAUGGAUUUAGUGUCGUUCAAUAUGCAGCGUGGUCGAGAAUUCGGACUUCCUAGCUACAUGGAGUUUAGAAAAUUCUGCGGACUUCCUGGUGCUGACAGCUUUGAAGAACUCUUCGGAUCCAUGCCAAACGAAACCAUCAGGCGAUACAGUUCGAUAUUUGAGCAUCCCUCUGACGUCGAUUUAUGGUCCGGUGGUGUCUCUGAGAGACCGCUACCAGGUAGCAUGUUGGGUCCCACUUUCGCUUGCAUUAUCGCAACGCAAUUCAGCUACUCGAGACGCGGGGAUCGCUUUUGGUACGAACUGCCAAACCAGCCGUCUUCGUUCACUCCUGAACAACUCACUGAAAUUCGGAAAUCCAGAAUGGCAAGACUGAUUUGCGACAAUACGGAUCUUAUCGAUACGAUACAAAUUUACCCGAUGGUUCUUCCCGAUCACGAAAUAAAUCCAAGGGUUCCUUGUCGAAGUGGCAUUUUACCUAGCAUCGAUUUUAGCAAAUGGGCCGAGUUUCCGUCACCGCAAACGGCGCACGCCGCCCAAUACAACUUCCCUGGACCUUUCGUCAUGCCUGUACCUAAGCCAAUGCCGCCCUUGGUUUACGCCAGGAUGCCUAAGGCGUCUGAAAGCAAGAAUAACUUGGUGUCAGAGCCUAAAAAGACGUCGGUAACGGUCGCUAAGAUUCUAGGAUUAGCCGGCCUCCGCCCGUCAAAAACAUCCGCCUCACCAGUCACCCCGGAAACUAAACCAAAACCGAAACCCAAUGAAAAAUCUAUCGGUUCACCGUGGCUGAUGAUGCAGCGUUCGACCCAGAUUUACGCCAUGCCAGAGGCAGGCUACUUCUUCGAGAAUUCAGAGGUAGCAAUUUCCCCGAUGAAUGAUAUCACCGAAGAGAAACCUCAAUUUUUGAAAACCCUAGUCAACAAAUUAUCCAAAAGUCCUAGCGAAGCUCCUGUCGACCUGCCCAAAACGACUGUGAAAAAAGUUAGUCAAACCGAUCCAGAGAAUAUUUUCAGGAUAAUGGAAAUACUGACGCGUAAUCGUCGCGACGAAGGGACCCAGAGCAGCCAGAUUCCUCUUCGCAGGUCGAAGCGCCAGGUCAACGCUGAUGGGGGACAAAAUCCCGUCGGAAGAAUAGCGGGAAAAAUGAAGUCCAGGAAAUCGGGCUACACGCCCGUCUUCAAGGAGUGCAACGAGACCGCGGCGAGCGAGAUUUCGGACCUAAAUUUGCCGCCUCCGGCUCCGGAAAAGGACUCGAAAAGCUCUCGGCAGUAUUACAGAAACGGCCAGCCGAUACCGGAUGUUGACUUGAUGCGAACCACGACCGGGGCGCCGAUUGUUCCUGUCGACGAGACCGUCGAGCAUCCCAAAGUGGCCGCGCGGACCGACGAAAACACGAAGAAUCAGACCUACAUAAACCUUCAGGAUCAUCAGAAGGGCGUGCAGGGGAAAACGGCCGACGCGCCAAAAGACGCAAACGGUUAUCCCGCCGAUAUACCUCCCUACAAUCCGGACAUGAUACCCUACGUCGAAGUGCCCGAUUACACCGAUCAGCGAGAGCAGAGUCUCGACAAGGACGACCGAAGGGUGGCGAAGGACAGGUACGUCGAGUACCCGAACGAAGAAGCGGACGUCGUUGAUCCGGAAGUACCCGUCGUCGUCGAGGAGCGACCGAGGAUGCCGAAAAUUAUUGUUCUCGACGACGACGUCGGGGAUAGUGACGAAGUGCAGAAGGAGGCGGAGGAACAGGAGGAACAGGAUGAACUGAGAGAAGAAACGGACGAAGAAGGGGACGAUAACGGAGCGCUGCGACAAGAGGAAGGGGAGAAUGAAUAUUCGACAGCCAAGGAUGAGGUCCGUAACUCCGAGGCUCAGGAGGAGCCGUUUGAUUUCGAAACGUUGCGGUUCGACAUUGAGGAUUACAAGAAACCGUUCGAUCUUGAAGAGUUGUUCAAAGAAAUCGAGAGAGAAACCGCAGCCGUUGACAAAAAGAACAAGACAAGAGGAGACGUGAACGAGCACCAAGGCAGCAGACGAGUCACCGUCCGCGAGAACAACGAACCGGUGAAAAGAGACGCGGGUAAAGUCUGGGACAAGGAUUUCGAACUUCUUAAAAUUCCGGUGAUCCAGGAGAGCGGGGAGAGCGAGGAGAUUCGAAACGAGGGUGGGAAAAGCGAGGAGAAAACCGCUGGACAGGGUGCCACGGUUGUACCUCCGAAUUUCUUCGAGGAGUUUGACCGAGUCUUUAGUUCCUCCACUACCGAUACUCCCUUUGCCGGAUACUACGAAGACGAGGAUGAGGAAGAACGACUUCCCGCUUCGUCCUUCGUCGUCAAAACCGACGAUCUUCACGAGGAUCCUUACGCGCAUGAAAAGACCUAUGAGAGAAUGUUUGGGACUGGAGAUGAACGGAAUGGAUCCGAGCCUGCCAAGGUUGAGGACGAUGCGUACUACGGGCAAUGGUCAGACGACGACAACGAAGGCCCAGCGGAUUUCCUCGAGAAGAAAAAAAAAUCAGAGAUCAAGGCCGACGAUGAACCGAGCGAUGAAUCGCUCCGUGAAGUUUACGAAACUCUGGGCACCAUUCUUGACCGGAAAGAUGACGUCUCUAGGCUCGAUGAUAAAAUCGCUGAAAAGGCGAAAAAGGAGGGAAAAAUGCCGGCUAUGUACAAAAAUUACUGGACACUUGAAUACAGUAGUCCGAAGAAAAAAGAAAAUACGUAAAUUAUCUUGAGAUGUAUACGGUACUGUUGUUAUGAGUUUGGUAUAAUCAGGCUUGUAAGUUCGUUGACUAAUUUUUAUUAUAUAAUGAAGUAA